AUGGCUACCCAGAAGCCGACACACAUGCGGGCCCCUGUCGCCAACCCCGUCACCUCCUUCUGGAACUCAUCCCCGCGGGCGCUGGACGACCAUCGCACUACUCCAGACCUUCCCGCUUCCAGCGAUGUGGUCAUUAUCGGCGCAGGUUUUGCAGGUGUGGCUACGGCCUAUCAAAUACUGAAAGACAACCCGUCUCCACCCUCUAUCACGAUCCUGGAAGCGAGGAAAGUCUGCUCCGGCGCGUCGGGACGGAACGGCGGACACGUCAAGCCCGAUACGUACUUCAAUGUGCCCAAGUAUACCAAGCUCUACGGGGCCGACGAGGCAGCAAAACUCGCUGCAUUUGAGGCAUCAAACGUGUAUGCAGUGAAGGAGCUCGUGGAGAGCGAGGGACUGGACUGUGACUUUCACCUAACGCGGGCUGUGGAUGUAUACCUUGACCCGGAGCAUGCCAAGCAAACCGAAGCGGCGUACCGCGAGCUUUUGAAAGCGGGGAAGGUCAACCUGAAGGACGUGGCUUUCACUCCUGAACAAGAUGCCGAGAGGGCAAGUCAUCAAUGGAAACGCAUAGCUCGGUCGAUCGCUGACUUUACGUUCCCAGUGAAGGGUGCCAAAUGCUGCUUCUCCUUCACGGCCGCCCACCUCUGGCCCGCCAAAAUGGUCCACCAGAUCCUGCACCGUCUUCUCGAAAAGGGCGUCAACCUACAAGCCAACACGCCCGUGAGCAACAUCUCCGAGACGCCAGACGCAGACGGCAGGUGGACGUUGCAAACCCCCCGCGGCGCCAUCAAGGCUGGCAAAGUCGUCGUCGCAACCAACGGCUACACCGCGCAGGUCCUCCCGCAGUACGAAAACCGCAUCGUGCCUGUCCGCGGCAUCUGCAGCCGCAUCACGUCGCCCAAGGGCGCCUGCACGCCGCACCUCGUCAACACGUACGGGAUCCGCUUCGACGCCGUGAACAACGAUUACCUCAUCCCGCGGGCGGACGGGAGCAUCGUCGUGGGCGGGGCGCGGCAGAUGUUCUGGCACAAGCGCGCGGAGUGGUUCGACAACGUCCGCGACGACGAGCUGGUGCGGGGCGCGGCGCCGUAUUUUGACGGCUACAUGCAGAGGUUGUUCCGAGGCUGGGAGGACAGCGGGGCAGAGGUCGAUCGCGUGUGGACUGGCAUUAUGGGGUACAGCUCCGACUUCAUGCCGCAUCUCGGGACGGUGCCUGGCAAGCCCGGGCAGUUCAUCAUCGCCGGGUUCUCAGGUCACGGUAUGCCUGAGAUUCUCCUGUCCAGCAAGGGCGUUGCAGCCAUGGUAAGGGACGGCGCUGCGUUCGCGGAGACCGGUUUGCCCAGCAUCAUGGAGACGUCAGAGGCGAGGAUCUCGCGCAAGGACAGUCCGCUGGAGGAGGGAUUGAAGUCGGUUUGGGAGGGGGAGAGAAAGGUCGAGGCGAAGCUGUAA